AUGCCGCCGUUCCGGUUACCGCCGGGGUUCCGGUUCCACCCGACGGACGAGGAGCUGCUGGGGUACUACCUGCAGCGUAAGGUGGAGAACCGCCUCGUGGACGACGGGCUGAUCGUCGAAGUCGACAUUCUCAAGUGCGAGCCGUGGGACCUGCCCAGCCAGUCGUGCCUCGAGGCCGGCGAGUGGUACCUUUUCUGCGCUCGCGACAAGAAAUACCCGCACGGGUCGCGCGCCAAUCGCGCCACGGCGAAGGGGUACUGGAAGUCGACCGGCAAGGACAAGCCCGUGCGCAGCUCGCGCACGUCACGACAAAUUGGGAUCAAGAAGACGCUCGUGUUCUACCUUGGGAGGGCGCCACGUGGCGAGCGGACGGACUGGGUGAUGCACGAGUACCGGCUGGAGCCCGAGGCGCGGUCGCGCGGCGGCCCUGCGGCGGACUACGUGCUGUGCCGCGUUUUCAACAAGAGCGCCGGCGCCGCGGAUACUCCGUUGCCCAUGGAUCAAGACGACGGGCAGCCCACUGCGAGCGAGCCGCCGUGGGAGACGGGUGGUGGCGGAGGAGGAGGUAAUACUCUGGGUGGUGUGUCGCCGACGGGUGUGGGUGGUGCGGGUGGUGCGGGACAGCCCGUAAAGUUUGGGGGGAGCGGAGCUGCGGGAGGCGCGGAGGAAGCGGGCUCGAGCGACGCGGAGUCGGAAGGCGCGCUGACUACCACCACCGACCUUCACCCGUUCUUUCAGGAACCUUCCACCCGCAGCGACGGCACGAAUGGCUUCUCCGUCGUUCCCGAGUCGCUACACGCCCCUGCCGCCGCUUACCCGUCCGUGCCCGCUUUUCCCGCUGCAGACGCGUCAUUCGUCCCGCCAGGCACGUUCGGACCGCCGUCGCAGGAACCGGGGUUUCCGGACUUCCCGUUCGAGCUGCCGCCGGUUACGGAGCUGGGGCACAUGGAGGGCGGCGCGGAGAAUCUGAUGGACAUUCUGGGAUUGGAGGAGGUCGAUCUCGUUCCCGUCGACCCUGCCGCGGCGCUGCUUGUGCCCGUUGCCGUGCCGGAUGUGUCGGCUACUGCGAGCGGGAUUGCCGGGAGCGGAGCGGCGCGGCAGGAGGCGGAGAGCGACGUGGAUGUGGACGGAUUGUGGGAGAACAUUCAGUGGCAAGCGGGCGCUGCGGCGGCGGGACACGUGGCGGAGCAUGGGACCGCCCACGCGGCAGAGGCGGAGGAGUGGAACAUACCGAUGGAGGACGGCGAGGAGUGGUUGGGCGAGCAGCUGCCGGCGUUGAAUCUUCCCGAAGGCAUCUCUAUCGACGACUUCCUCGAAGACGCGCUUGUCGCCGACGACCUCUACGAAAACCACGUCGCUCUUCCCGCCACUCCUGCCGUUCUCGCUGCGCCGGGUGUGCCUGGUGCGCGUGCGAUGGCGGCACCCGGUGGUUUCGCACCGGCUGCCCUUGCUGGCGCUCCUGGUGCGGCAGCGCGAGCGGCACUCAGAGCAGUGGCGCCCGCGCCUCUGCGAUCAGCGCGUGCAGCCGGCGCAGCCACCAUCGCAGCGGCCGCCGCAGCGCUGGCGAAGUCCAAAUCAGCACAGGGGGCCGCCGCCGCAGCAGCAGCAGGGGGAGGCUUCGCAUCGCUCGCCACCGCUUCCAAUCUCGGUCUCGCUCCUGUGGGCGCCGCCGCCGCGAGAGCACUGGUGCGGCCGAGGUCGCGGCCUGUGCGCGCCGCUGGCGCCGUUAUGCCGGUCGCCGGCGCGUCGGUGGCCGGGCGCCGCGUGCGAAUGCAAGUGUUCAACCCGCCGCAGCUGGCGGUUGGUGGCGGCGGAGCGCGGCUGGCGAGCAGCGGCAGCCGCAGUGGUGCGCCAUCGUUGAAUCUGGACGCGCGCCCAACUCCUCAUGCGCACGCGCAAACGCGUCUUGCCCAGGCUGAUGGAAGUAUGAGUGAUGAGGACUGUUUCAUGGGUGCGCAAGAGUGGGCUAGGGGGAUGGAUCAGCAUGAGGGCAUGGUAGCAGCAACACCCGUAGCAGCAACACCCGUAGCAGCAACACCCGUAGCAGCGUUUGAUGGGCGGGGUCUGGAUUCGCGCAUGGAGCUCAGCGCCGUUGCAGACGUCACAAUGCAUUUCGGCGUGGAAGAUGUGGAAGGACACGGGGCGCGGAUGACACACCACCCCGCUCACGCCCACACGCAUGCUGGUGCGGGUGAUUAUGCUCCUGCUGCUGGUGCCGCCGGUGCUGCUGCAGACGGUUCGUUUGGUGGUGCUGCUGGGGGGGCAGGUGCACUGUGGGUGGUGGGGCAAGAGGAGGAAGGAGUACGCAUAUUGCCCGUGCCACAGGGCGGUGUGGCAGAAAACGGUGCGGCGGAGGGCGGUGCAAGAGGAGGUGGUGCUGUAGGGUUAGCGGCUGCUGAGCCCGUUCGACUGCAUGCACAUGUUCUUGAAGCGCUUGCGUUACAGCCACACCCGUUACAGGAACGGGGAGGGCACGCGGAGAUGGAAGGGGAGGCGGAGUUGGCAGGGCUGGAUGAUCUAGUGCUUGUUGCUGACGCCGCCGCCCUCGCCGCUGCCCCUGCCGCCCCUCCUCCCCCUGCCGCCCUUGCUGCCCCUGCCGCCUUUGCUGCUCCUGCAGGUGCACCUGGUGUUCCUAUAGCGGAUGCUCCCCUAGCGGUCGAGCCUUUAGCUGGUGUUCCUAUAGCUCAUCAUUUGUUAGAGCUCCCUGUUCCUGGUGCUCCUGCCAGGACUGUUGCCGCCCUGCCUCUCGCGGCACCAGCCCCACGUGUGGCCGCUGGGCCGCAUCUAGCCCCUCCUGCCGUUCCUGCUGCACAAAUGGCCGCUCCUGCUGCCGCGCCUGCAGCUCCUGCCUUACCUGCCGCAGCGGGAGGAGUGCUUCCGGCCCCUGCAGGAGCAGCGGAGGCGGGGCCAGGCGGAGCAGCAGCUGGUGUCGUGAUGCUUGGGGCGGCAGCAGGGCGUGCGGUGGUGGAAGACGGAGGUGCGGCGGCUCUUGACGCGCAGCAUGAUCCACGAUUGCUGGAGCAUGGAGGAGGGGAGGCGCGUGGAGGAGUAGAGGGGCAUGGAGGGGAGGGAAGCAUGGAGGGUGAGAUGAUGGAUGGUCAUGGUGAUGGCGAGAUGGUUGGCGGUGGCGAUGGCGACGGAGGUGCAGGGGUGGUUGUUCCAGGCGGCAGGGAGAUAUUACACGCAAGACAGCAGCCUCUGCAGCAGGCGAGGCUGCAGGUAGCAGGAGGUGGCGACGUGGCUGGCCGCCACGAGGCUCAGUUCAACGUUCCACAGCAUGAGGAGAGGGGAGAUGCAGAUGUGGGGAGAGGCAGGGCAGGGCGGAGUAGGAGCAGUGAAACCUUGAUGGAGGCGGAGGGGCCAGCAGGCCCCACUGCAGCAACUCCAUCCCAGAUGAUGCCGACACUUGGUGUGCUGCCGGGCGGCAGCGCUGCAGCACAAGCGGUGUGUGCUGGUGGCCUUGAGCGCGCCUUUAGGACUUCAAGUAUUGCUCAAUCCAACGACGCUUCCGUAGCACAGGCGGAGAAACUUACAACAGCAACAGCAGGCAUUUCAGCAGCUGCUGUUAAAUCACUGGGCCUUGCAGCGCCUGCUGCAACAGCCAGUGCUAUUUCCUCAGACUGCUUAAUGGGGCCAGCGGCGGUAAUUUCCAAGGCAGGGCGAGUGGGGGGAGGCAGGCCGGUGCACUCUCUGUCACGUGCAGGGGCAGGUGGGGGAGGGACAAGGCAGGCUGGUGGCCUGCGGCCCGCGCCCCGGUACCUGAGCGGCAUGCUGCAGCUGCUCUCCGCCCUCCCUGCUCGCCCUGCCCACGCCGCUGAGCUGGCUGCAGGCAGAGGGGCGGCUGGUGGCUUGCAGGGUGAGGGGGUAUCGGGGAAAAAGGGCGGUGGGGUGGAGAAGCAGGUGGAGGUAGAGGUAGAGGAGUGGAGCGAGGAGGACGAGGAAGAGGAGGUGUUUGAUUCGCGGUGGUGGGUGGAUUCUGAAGGAAGGGUGGUGCACAAAGACAGGCUGUUGGGGGUUAGUGGCAGGGGAUGGAGAAGCGGGAGAAGAGCCUUAGAGAUGGAUGAGUGGGAGGUGGAGACAGAAGAGGUGGAGACAGAGGAGAUUGAAUCAGAGGAGGUUGAUGUAUUGUCGUCUGUGGUGACUGAUGACGAGAGUGCCGACCCUGACUUGCAGGACACUGCCAGCAGUGGAGGAGGGUCUGUGGGGUCUGGCGGAAGCAGGCAAGUGGCUAAGCAUGUGGGGAGUAACGAGGGGAGGAGUAAUGGCAGGACUAGCAGCAGCAGGGUGGUGCGGCGGCACAGAGUGACAGUUGCCACGGGGUGGGUCGAGCGGCCGCACCAGCCAGACAAAACUCUAACUACGCUUGCAAAAAAAAAAACUGUGUCCAGGGCCAAAGCUUAUGGUUCUAUGAAGGCAGAGGAGUUGAGUGGCGGUGUGGGCGGCAAGGGGCAAUUGAGAGAGCUGGAGGAGCUGGGGGAGCUGUUGCGAGUCAUCGCCACUUGUUUGCGACAACACGGUAACGCCAUGGCGGGAGUGAAGCGGGCUCGGCGCGCAGCGGCGUCGUCGCGGUCGCCGUCGCCGGAGAUGGACGUGCUUUACUACAACCUGCUGCUCGCCGCGCUGCGCGCCCGCCAGGAGGCCGGCGUCGCGUACUACGGCGCGUUCGUCGCCGACCUUGAGCCCGUGCCGCCCGACCUCUACGCGCACUGGGUGCCGCCGCCCGGCUCCUUCGCCGUGCAGCGCGCCGACGGCGACGACGACGAGCGCGGCGCGGAGGACGAGGACGCGGCGGGGCGGGACGGCGCGGACGACACGGACGCGGACGCGGGGGAGCACGCGGGGUCGGACGGCGAGGGGGGGGCGGACGACGCAUCGGCGGAAGCGGUGGUUGCGCGCAGGGGUCCGGGCAGGCCGCGGUCGGCGCGGAGCCGGCCGGGCGCGUCAGCAGGCGGGGCAGCGGCGGGCGGGGAGAGCGGCGGCGCGGCGGCGAGCGAGGAGACGAUGAUGCCCGCGUGGCUGAAGGAGCUCAUCGCGGCGGACAGAGAGAGGGCCGCGCAGCAGCAGCAGGGCGGGGAGCAGGGCGGGGGCGAGCAGGCGCAGCAGCAGGGGGCGGAGGGGUUGUCGUUCCCCGUGGUGGACAGCAACAUGAUCCGCGGGUCGUUCCCCGCCGCCGUGGCCGCCGUGCGCUUCCUGGAGCGCGCCAGACGCCGCCUGGGGGGGCUGCCGGGGCGCACGGGGGAGGUGGAGAUGGGCGGAGGGUUGGGCGGGGAGGGGGAGAAGUGGAAGGACCGCCUGGCGGAGGAGAUGAUGACGUCAGCGCUGGGGGUGAAGGGCACGCUGGGGUCGCGGGAGGGCGGGGGAGGGCGGGAGGGCGGGGGGGAGGCGAAGAUAGAGCGGUGGACGCCCAACGAGGACGCCAUCCUGCUGGUGGGGCGCGUGCUCUUCGGCACCCGCUGGAUCAGCAUCGAACGCAUCCUGCCCGGCCGGUCCAUCCAGGCGAUCAAGACGCGGUGGCUCAACUACCUCAAGGGGCUCUUCCGCCGCCACCGCUGGUGCACCUCCGCCCUCGCCCCCCCCCUCUCCAAGGAGGCCGCCGCCUACCUCCCCCCGCCUCCCUCCCCGCCGCCCACCCCUCCCCCCGCGCCCGCCCCUUCCACGUCAGCAGCCACUGAGGCUGUGUCAGCAGAGGCACGCGCGUCCACCCCUCCGCCCUCUGCUGCUGCGGCUGCUGCUGCCAGUGCCCCCCCUGCACCCCACCCCCGCCUCUCUCUCCCCCUGCCCGCAUCGGCCACCCCCCCAUCCUCUGCCCCUCCCCCGCCCGGCCCUGUGGGGGCGGCAGGCAGUCAGGGGGCGGCAGGGAGGGCGCUGCUCAGCAUGCCGGCUGUGCCACCCACUGGAGCAGCCGCAGAUGGUGGCGCAGGCAGAGCAGGGGGAACAAUGGGCGCUGCCCCAGGAGCUGCUUCAGGGGCUGCUUCAGGGGCUGCUUCAGGGGCUGCUUCAGGGGCUGCUUCAGGGGCUGCUUCAGGGGCUGCUUCAGGUGGUGCUGGUGGUGGCGUGGCCGCAUCAGCAGUAGGGGUCACGCCAACCAAGCGGUCGCGCUCCCAGUCCUCCCGUGCCCCCGCCGCCACGCCCACGCCUCCCACCGCGGCACAUGGCGGCCAGGAGGAGGGGGGAGGGGAGGAGGAGGCGGGAGGGGAGGAGGAGCGGGUGCGGCGGCACGAGCGGUACCUGACGUGCCUCAUGCUGCGCGCUGAGAAGGGCCCGCCGCCGCACUCCCUCUCCGCCACGCACGAGCUCUACUGCUUCGCCUGCAAGUCCUCCGAGGGCCAGCUGUCGCCCUGCUAUUGGUCGGACGAGGCGGUGGCAGCGACGGCGGCGGAGUGGGGCGGUGGGGGAGGGGCGGUGGUGGGCCUGAUUCCCUGCGCCAAGGCUUACCAUGCUCGCUGCGUGCAUGCUGCAGUCAAGGGCGCGGAGGACGAGGAAGAAGGAUCGGGACGGUCAGACGAGGAGGCAGGGAUAGAAGGGGCGAACGAGGCGCGAACAGGAGGAACGGGCGAUGCGGAAACCGAGCCGGCGGAAGCGCAAGCGGAGACGAGCCCGGUGGCGGUCGCGGAAGCAGAGGCCCCGCCGCCGGGAUCGCGCGGUCGAGACGAUCCCCACGAGGAAGGGCGGCGCACGGAGAGCUCUGGACGGCAGGAGCUGGGCGGGCCAGAGAUGAGCCAUCGAGCGUGGCAGGCGCCGAAUCCGCGCGGCAAGGGGAAGGAGGAGCGGUCCCGCUCGGCGGAGAGGGAGCGGCGCCUCGGGGGAGGGCGCGUGGGCGAGUUCCGCCCGCGCGGCGAGCGCCAGGAGCAGGGAGAGUGGAGCGGCGGCGCUUCGCAUUCGGCAGGACGGCAGCAGCCGCGUGGUGAGAGGGGGCGAGAGGCGGAAACAGCGUCGCCGAAGCGGCACGGUCAGCAGCAAGGGGGACGUAGCAGCACCAUGCGCUCGCCAGGCCGGACUAGGCAGAGGGAGCGGAGAGACAGCAGCUGGUCCCGCUCGUCGGACGGACAACACACGCGCAGGGAGAAGUACGCGGGGGAGCGGUCACCGUGGCGUCAGCCGCGCACUUGGAGGGAGCACUUGGACGCCUAG